AGCACAAUGAGGAUUCUCAAGACGUAUUUACUAAAUUGCAUGUUUCAUGGCUGGGCGUUCGUCGCCGAUGAUAGAUACCAUUGGACGGAAAGGCUCUUUUGGAUAAUCAACAUUAUUGCUUCUUGGUAUCUCGCCGGGAUGUUUAUGAUGAAUUCGUACUACCAGUUUGAAAACGAUUCGGUGAGCUUCACUGUCGAUACGCUUUACUUAAACUGGACAACAAAAUUCCCGGCCAUUAUUUUUUGUGAGAAGGGAAAUGAAAAAUAUCACCAGUUUGCAGAUCAGUGGUUUAAACCGGAUAGAAAUUUUGACACGGAUGAGGUCAUCAAAGAUAUUGCUUUUUUUAAGGGUGCCUUUGACGGUAUCACCUACAAGUGUAUGCAACAAAGCUUGCACUUGCAAUGUCCGCCUUCAAGAUAUACUUAUAUGACCGUAGUAGAAGGAGUGAGGAGUAGUUGCUCAGAACUGUUUGGUCAUUGUACGUGGAGGGAGGAAGAGUUUGACUGUUGCAGUUACUUUCUACCCUUGAAUACUAUAUACGGAGUUUGCUACGCCAUUAAUUCCAUAGCGACCCAUAGUCCUACGUGCAAAAAUCGUACACAAAUGGAAAUUCCUUCUACUGGUAAAUUAAGCGUAUCUACGAUUUCAGUAGAAUUGUUGCACCCCAACGUGAAGAUAUUCACACUAAGCUCGGAAGAAGUGCCAACGUACAAUUCUGAGACCAGUAAAUUAGUAUUUGACGGUAUUAGUGUAUCGCCACACCUUAAUGAAGAAAAUCACAUACUCCUACGAGUAGAAGACACUGUUAAUGAACCCGAAGUUGAAUCUCUCAGCAUAGAAAAACGCAAUUGCAGGUAUCCAAAUGAAAAUUAUUUGCAGACUUCGAAAGUUUACAGUUAUCCAGCUUGUAUCAUUCAAUGUCUAAAAAAUAUUCAUCUGAAUUCGUGUAAUUGUACACAUCAUUUAAUGCCAAGUGCCACGAUCCAAGAAAUGUGCGAUUUAGAUGGAUUAUUUUGCUUAUCGUCAAAAUUCUCGGCACACCUUCAGGAAAGUUCAGAAUGCACUUGUUUAAGUUCUUGCAUUGAGAGCAAAAUAAGCAUCUUGGGUCAUAUUGUCUAUCAAGACUUUAGAAGUUUCAAAAACAAGAAAAGUACGACUAAAAUUAACUUUACCUUAUAUCCACCGGCAAUUCGAUAUAUACGAAAAAUUAUCACUGGAUAUUUGGAUCUUAUAGUUUACAUGGGCGGACUGGCAGGACUAUUUGCUGGAGCAAGCGUGUUAACCAUAGUGGAUUUUUUCUACUAUUUCAUUGUACGCCCUUACAAUGAUGCUAGAGUGAAAAGACAAGUAUUGGAACCCGCUAUAAACCAAAUACGCAAAGAGCACAAGCACAUACCUUUUAGAAAUUAAAUUAAUUCGCUUUGUACGGUAUUAUUACACUAAUUUAGAUAAGUCAG